ACUCCCCUCCAAAUCACACCUCCCAUAUCAUCUCUCUCUGUAUCUCCUACAUUUCAUAGGAAUGAAAUUUGAAGAACUCAUCAUGCAGGAGACGCGUGAGAAGCAAAAAACAAUGCAACUUCAGGAAGAGGUUGAUCAACUUGAAGCAGAAUUAGAAGAUGAACUGAAACUGAGCAAAACCUUGCAGUAUGCAUUAGAUGGUCCUAUUCACCCUUGUUUCUCUACACACCUUCCCUUUAAGAUAAAAGAACUGUUGACUGAACUGGCUACAGUGGAAGAAGAAAUCAUGUGGCUGGAGAGGAAAGUGAACAAGUUGAACCUGAGUUUGUACUUGGAGAAAAAAGAAACCAGGGAAUGGGAGUUCCGGCAGCUGAGAGACCUCCAUCCACAAUCACACAACCACCACCACCGACCACGAAAGCACACACUUCGAAGACAACAAAAUCGGGCCAAAUUCAUGAGUUAUGAGUUACAAGAUUAUGACUCAAAGAAAAGUUUUCCACUGGUUAAACAGAGAAGAUCCUUCCAUGGUUCUUCUAUUGACAUCAAACAUGCUAAACUUCAACUUUCGGUUUUGCGAACAGACGAUAUCACUAAAAAUCCAAACAAGUUGUCGGAAGAUCUCAUCAAGUGUUUAAUAGGAAUAUUUCUGGAACUGAAUCAGCCAUUGAUCGACAGUGAAGAAGGAUCGGAUAUUGUACCAAAGCAUAUCUCAUGUAUGAAUUCAAAAAGCUUCAUCUCUAAAACAGCCUUCAAUUGUACUUGUACACCACCAACCUUCUUCUUCAACAAUAACGCUUCAAAUCUCGACCCUUAUGCCACAUUACUUGAUUCCGAUUACACAAUCAGAGACAUCGGUCCUUACAAAACUUUCACCCAAAUCACACGUAACACCUUGGACCAUACUCGCAUUUCUGAAUGCUCCAAAGAAGUCGGAAAACUCAGAAUUUUGAUGCAGAAACUCUGCAAUGUGGAACUGAAUCUGCUGACAUACAAGCAGAAGUUAGCUUUCUGGAUCAACAUAUACAACGCCUGCAUAAUGCAUGCGUUUCUUCAACAUGGAUUGCCCUCAACACAGGAGAAACUACUGGUUCUUAUGAACAAGGUACAUCUGAUAAAAAUGUUGAUUCAUGAUAGAAAUCCUAAAUUGAAAUUAUAUGAUUCAGGCAGUAAUCAACGUCGGUGGCAUUGUGGUAAAUGCAUUAGGAAUCGAACACUUCAUUCUCCGGUAUCCAUCCGGCUCCGGUCAUCAAACGAGAGGGAAAUGUUACUCCGACAGACGUACGGACUGGGGUUCCCGGAACCCAAUGUGAGCUUCGGUCUUUGCAGAGGGAGCUGGUCUUCGCCGGCGCUUAGGGUUUAUACGGCGGAGGAUAUCGUGAACGAAUUGGCAAGAGCGAGGGUGGAGUAUCUAGAAGCUUCGGUAGGGGUUGUAAGCAAGAAGAAGAUGAUUAUGAUACCGAAGCUUCUGCAAUGGCAUAUAAAGGAUUUUGCGGAUGACAUGGAGUCGCUUCUGGAAUGGAUUUAUAGCGAGUUGCCGCAGUCAGGGACUGGGUCGCUGAAAAGGUUGAUAAUGGAGUGUUUGAAUGGUGACACCAAAUCCAGUCCGGCCAAAAUGAUAGAGAUUCAGCCGUAUGUUUAUGAAUUCCGAUAUUUGUUGCCACGACAUGAAAUUGGAAGCGAUGAAAAGGGCUUAACAUCUUGUUAGGUUAAAGACAGAGGAACACCAUGUAUUAUUCUUCAAUCUUUACACUCUUGUUAAAAAUUUAGUAAUUAUAUUGUAUAAUAGAAAGUCUACAACUACAAUGUAAUAUAUUUUACUUUGUUUUUAUACGUUUAUGUAUUUUAUUAUAUGUUUGUUUGUUA